UGAUUGGCAAGCCAUUCUGUAACAUUUGUUUGCAUGCACCCUCGACAGCGACGUGUCCCUUCUUAAUCAUGACGAUACUAAUUACCUAUUAGAUUGAAUUUCUUCGCAAAACCUCAUUGCGUCGCGAUAAACCUACUUUACUUAUAUAUACACUUGUAUUUUGUACUCUCUUGCUUCUCUUUCCCCGACGACCUGACGAAUCCCCAAUGCUCUGGGCCCUCGUGAAAGCAAUACGCGGACGGUGACUAGAAACUAUGGCCCCGUCGAACGACAGGAGGGGAGGGAACCGCGGCGAUGGGGUUCUGGACUCCGCGGCGCGGUUCUGGCGACGCUCGUACGCUCCCGAUUAUGUCGGAUUCGGAGCACUGGUAGCCGGCUACAUGGUGCUCGUCUUCUUCGUAGAGCCCUUCCAUCGCAUGUUCUCCAUCAGCGACCUGGCCAUCUCCUUCCCGCACGCCGAGCACGAGCGUGUACCCGUGUUCAUGAACAUCGUCUACGCGGCCGCGGUGCCGCUGGCCGUCGUGGUGGCCACCAACCUCGCCACGCGCGCCUCGGCCCACAAGCACCACGUCGCCAUCCUCGGCCUGGCCGUCGGCCUGGUGCUGACGUCGUUCCUCACCGACGUGGUCAAGAACGCCGUCGGCCGGCCGCGGCCAGACCUGCUCGCCCGCUGCAAGCCCAGGCCCGGGACCGCGGAGAACCGCCUCGUCGACUGGACCGUCUGCACCGAAAAGGAGCACCACCUGCUGCACGACGGGUGGAGGAGCUUUCCGAGCGGGCACUCGAGCUUUUCGUUUGCCGGGCUGGGCUACACGGCGCUGUUCCUGGCGGGGCAGCUUAGGAUAUUCGCCUACGAUGGGGAGAGGGAUGGAGAGGAGGACGGCAGCGGCGCUGGAAAGAUGGAGAGGGUGGUGUCGGCGGCGCACGGGAGGGGGUUGGGCACGGCGCUGUUCUGCAUGAUACCCCUGCUCGGAGCGACCAUGAUCGCCAUCAGCAGGUGCCAGGACUACAGGCAUGAUGUCUACGACGUUUGCACGGGUGCGCUGCUCGGAUCCGUGGUCACGUACUGGAGCUACAGGCGUUACUGGCCGAGGUUUGGGAGUUACAGGUGUUCGGAGCCGUGGCCGAGCCCAGGGGCCGUGGAGGAUCGGGGGAAGGGGUAUGCCAGGAUGCGGAGGGACGAGGAGAGUGGCGUCCGGGGAGGCGGGGGAAGUUCUGCAGGUUAUAGUGGUGGGUACGAGAUGAGGAUCAUGGAGAGAUGAGGGGUGUCAAAUACCGAGCACCAGUCUGCCUCCAAUGUUCUUGUCGUCCAUGCCUUGGUUAUAUUAGUACAAAUGGUACAGUACAGGCCUUUUUGCGUUUACUUGCGAGACGUCUUGAAGUCCCGGGUUUCGCAUUGUUUGGUUGGCCCACCCACCCCAUUGGUGCUGUGCUGUGCUGUCUGUCUAAAGAUUUGAAACCUCCAUACUUCCAUCAUGUCAUCAUCCGCUCGACGAAACGGCUUUUCCCCGCUUAUUUGUCAUCAGUGCUGUCGUCCUUAGCCAAGUCAUGCUCCUUCAAUAACGCCGUGAUCUCGUCUGCAC